CCGCCAAUGUUGUUUUUCCUGUGGAAACACUUGUUUCUUUUCGUGUUCACACAUCCAAGUAUAUUUGUGUGGUAACAUAUGGCAUCUGAGACAUAAUGACUUAGCACUGACACUCAGCCCUCCCCAUUAGUCACAACAUUGACGCCCAAGUUACCGUCUCAAGUGCGUUUUUUACACACGUUACUCUUUUAAUAUACAUUCUGCAGUAAAACAAUGGGCUAGGGCCAUGUCCCUGAGUGGUUUCUUCAGUUCAGACAUUAAGUCAUUUGGGGUUAAAUUCAAUUUGGAGUUGUUUGGGAGAAAGGAACUGCCCAUAUCUGAGACACAGAACUGAACUUGGAACUUAGCAGAGGCAGACAGAGUGUAGGAGGGAUGAUAUCAAUAUCAAAGUCAUCAUUCGGUUAUUAGUUGCAUCACUUGAGAGAAAAAGAGACUUUGAGAGAAAGUAACCACAGGAAAAUACCAAGCAGCUGAUUGACAGAGAGAGAGAGGGAGCACGACAACGACAGGUGACUGUGGACUGCACUGAAGACAUAGGAGAGGACUCUGCUUGGUGCAUUUUAGAAUUGAGAGGAAAAUAAGUUGAUAUUUUCUUCUCAAUUGUUUGAGAUCAGUCCUUCACUGACGGCUGUUAAAGUUUUGGCUGAGAAAGUUAGAGUAGACCACUGGGAACCAGGUGAUCCCCAAAGCAGAAGAGGACUUUUGGAGACUACAUACACCAGGUGGACUUUUAACGGUGAAACCAUGUCUCAACGCUCCGCACAGCUCUUCCUCCUCUGCUGUCUUCCCCUCGCAGUGAUGUCUCUGCGCUGUUACACCUGUAUCUUCCCCUCCAUCUCCCCCAUGGACUGCCUGAAGUAUCCUCAGGAGUGUCCCGUUGGUCAGCGCUGUCUGGCCAGCACUGCCAUAGCGUCCCAAGGUAGCCUGCGCCUGGUGCUGUACGAGAGGAGUUGUGCCAUGCCUGGCCAGUGUGGCCUGAGUGGGGAGAAACACGCCGCAGGUCUCAACUUCACCUACAGCAACGAGUGCUGCGACACUGACCUGUGCAAUGCAGCCACAGGCACUGCUGCCUCCUCCUGGACUGGCCUGGUACUGUGCCUCAGCGCACUCCCCCUGGUGCACCUAUUUGGCUGAGUGGGAAUAAAGUCAAUUCCACACACCUGGUGCUACAGUAGACGAGACAUAGGUCUACACAUAAACAAUCAAAAUGGCAUGACAUAUUUUCAUAGUUUAAAUAUAACGGGUGUGUUUUAGGCUGAAGCAAACUAACUUCCCUAUUAAACAAGGCACAUGCAUAUGUAGCCUAUGAGGAAACGAGGGGGUUGAAAAUACACUGAGGAACAAAAUAACCAUAAUGGCCACUAUCGCUGCUUGGUUGCAAUCUCUAGUUGCACUGUGAGCUUUUUUUAAAACUCAUUCUGCUUUUGCUGGUAUCCUAUUACCAAAUCGACUAAUUCAUAGCAAUAACAACCACACUUGGUACUUGGACUUAUUAACUUAUUCAAUAGCAGUGUACUCAUCAUAAGUUGGUAUAGCUAGAAAGCAUGACACCUCAGCUGACAUCAUAACUUACCCAUCCUACUAGUAGUGUGAACACACUACUCACCUUUUAAAUGUGCUCUAUGCAAUGUUAUGUGCAUUCUAAGCUAGAACAUUUUUUGCCACAUACAGCAAACAUCUUCUCACAAUCCGCUAGCUGCCUGUCCACGGAAUACACUAUACAGUAGACAGCCCAGGCUACACAAACGGCAACAAAAACAGCCUGGUCCAACCUGGACCAUGAAACAUAGCAAACUGUUCUAGCCAAUCACCGGUGAGAUGCGCGUUCAUGUCAAUUUCAAUUGCACGGGAGGGAGAACAGCAGCAGUAACGUUCCCCAACCGUGCUUAAAGAACCUUUAAUAAGUAACUCAUUAAGAAUUGGGUCUGUGUAACGAAGACAUUUUGGAGUUAACGUACUAGAACAUAAAAAUAUACACACAGAGAAGAAAUAAUGUGAAAAAUUCAAUGACUUUUAUGACAUUGUUACAAAAGAUUAAUGUAAUCAUUUUAUCCACAGUGUCAGUGUCAACUUUAUUUAGUCUUUAGCCAUUAUUUCAGAGAUGGAAGAAAAAACCCUGUCAAAGUCCUGUUUUCUGUCUGCAAACUCAGCAACUGACAAUGAUCUUGAAAAUGUGUGUGUGAUGACACUGUUCUAUGAAAUUCAACAGUCUACAACAAUCUUAUUAAAAUGACUUACAUA